AUGUACUUUGCAUUGCCGGCUGAGUCAAUGGAGACUACUUGCGAAGGUUCUGCAUCGACUGCGCCUGCAGAAAUGGACGUUCAUGUUCCUUCAUUGGAGUCGAAAUUAUUGGCGAGCGAUGAGUUGAACCGAACUUCAAUCCCUACAACGGCUCCAACGUCUGGCGACGACGAGGAAAGAGAAGAACCACCUACAGAUGGAAUGGAAAUAGAUGACUUGCCUCAAGAACAAGCUUCUCACAUUAUCGUGACGACAGACCUUAUUCUCAAGGCACAAGAGCAGGUCAGCUUACUUCAGGCUCUCAAGGCUGUGCGAGACAGGCUACUCGCUACCCUAGGCGUGAAAGACCUCGAAAGUCCGCCGCGCAGCGCAGCCAAGACGGCUUCGGAGCCACCAGCACACAACGGUAGCUGGACGGUUGAAACUGAAUCCCAAGAUGGUCCCGUAGAGGGACCGGUCCAAGGUCUUGCUUUCACCAACCGACCAGAUUCUAGCGAUCGUCUCUGGCUGAGCGACGACACGAGCGAAGUUAGGGCAUGGAUCGACGCCCAUCCAGUGCAGUAUAAGCAGACGCCAAGACACAAUCUGCUCUCUGAUAGUCUCGAUCAGUUGACGCUCGAAGACUCUGCUCCUUUACCGCCGGAACCGCUUCCAUGCAGCUUGAAAGAGGAUCUGCCAGACGCGACACUUGUCGACUGCGAAAGGGGGCGCUCACGAAAGCGCCAGAGCCCCGUAGAAAGACAAAAAGCAAAGGGUCCAAGCCCCUUCAGGAGACGACCAGCUUCUCCAGACUGGAACGUGGUUCUUGGCGAGCCAGACCCAUCGUUCGUGCCUGACCACGGCUACUUCUGCUCAAGAUGUCUACGAAGAGUUCCAGAAGCCAACCGUCGACACACUGCCAAGCAAGUGUCCGCCGUUGAAAACGAGUACAAGUUCCACAUGGCCCAAGACCGGUGCUGUCGCAUCCGCCACGGCAUAGGCUGCGCGCACAAUUUGCCCAACCGCAGCGGCUGGAUUCCUGCGGCAGAAGCCGAGAGGCUCAACCUAGACCUGCUCAAGGCCAGGUUCCUGGCCACGCAUCCGGCGUACGCGCCCACCCUGUAUCCAGUGCUGCCAUCCGACGCGCGCAAUCUGUGGCGGUCCGACCCCAACAACGCCAGUAAUAGCCCGCACUGGGCCCUGCCGUGGCCGCCGCACGUGGAUCGCCGCCUGCCGCCCGUACCCGAGGGUUCGGAAGAGGGCCCUGCUGCCGCGCGAUCGGGGUGUGCAGGAUCUGCCAAGAAAAGGGGUGCAGAUGCAAGCUACUGCUACGAAACGGACACUUCGUCGGACGAUGGGCUGUCAGGAAGCGGCGUCGAUGUGAUGAGGAUGCCGCGCAGGAAAAAGAGACGACGGCUGGGCGACGCUUCGUACCGGCCGCGAAGGGGAGGCUGCGGCAUCGUGUCGGACGACGACGACGACGAACUGGCUGGGGGCGGUGCAGCAGCGCCGGAACGGCUGCGGCACGAGCUGGAGCAGGAGAUGAGGAGCAUGCGAGAGCAAUGA